CAGAGUCAGUGGAGGAGAUCAAACUCAUCAGAUUCUCCUGCAGCUUCAUCAUGGCUGAUUCACAAGGAUCCAGAGGUGGAGAUUUUUUUUCAGCAUGCAGUUCAGUCCAGCAGAAGAGCUCAAACCCAGAGUCCAGCUGUGUGUCUGUGAAGAGUGACAGAUCUAUGGAUGAGCCAAUAGUGUUUAAGAGUGAAGACACACGGUCUGAUCUCAGGUCAAGUCUUCUAUCCAGACCAAUUAAAAACAAAACUGUGUUUACGCCCGUGAUUCAACCACAAGACUUUAAUGAAAGAAUGAAUCCUGGUUUCAGCCAUGACUCUAAACCUGCUGAAGUCCUCAACACAUUGAGAUCAAAUCUGAGGAAGAAGUUUGAGUGUUUGUAUGAGGGAAUAUCAAAGCAGGGAAACCCAACACUCCUGAAUGAGAUCUACACAGAGCUCUACAUCACAGAGAGUGAAAGUGGAGAGAUCAAUAAUGAGCAUGAGGUGAGACAGAUUGAGACACAGUCCAGGAGAGCAGAAACAGAGGACAAACCGAUCAAAUGCAGUGACAUCUUUAGACCUUUACCUGGACAAGACAAACCCAUCAGAACUGUGCUGACAAAGGGAGUCGCUGGCAUUGGAAAAACAGUCUCUGUGCAGAAGUUCAUCCUGGACUGGGCUGAAGGGAAAGAGAAUCAGGACGUCCAGCUCAUAUUUCCACUUCCUUUCAGAGAACUCAACUUGAUGAAGGACAAAACACUCAGUCUUUCAGAUCUUCUUCAUGUCUUCUUCCCUGAAACAAAAGAAAUGGAAAUAUCCAGUGAUGAAUAUAAAGUGUUGUUCAUCUUUGAUGGUCUGGAUGAGUGUCGUCUGUCUCUGGAUUUUCAGAGCGAUGUGAGGUUGUGUGAUGUGACUGAAUCAGCCUCAGUGGACGUGCUGCUGACGAACCUCAUUGUGGGGAAUCUGCUUCCCUCUGCUCUCAUCUGGAUCACCUCCAGACCAGCAGCAGCUGAUCUCGUCCCCUCUGAGUGUGUCCAUCGAGUGACAGAGGUACGAGGAUUCAGUGACCCACAGAAGGAGGAAUACUUCAGGAAGAGAGUCAGUGAUCAGAGUCUGGCUGACAGGAUCAUCUCACACCUGAAGUCAUCAAGGAGCCUCUUUAUUAUGUGUCACAUCCCAGUGUUCUGCUGGAUCUCAGCCACUGUUCUAGAGAAGAUGUUGAGUGAAGCAGAGAGUGGAGAGAUUCCCAAGACUCUCACUCAAAUGUACACACACUUCCUGAUCCUUCAGACCAACAUCAAACAUGAGAAGGACUAUGAGAAGAAAGUGACAGAUGAAGACGUGAUCCUCAAACUGGGGAAAGUGGCUUUUCAGCAGCUUGUGAAAGGAAACCUGAUUUUCUAUGAGGAAGACCUGAGAGAGUGUGGCAUUGAUGUGACAGAAGCAUCAGUGUACUCAGGAUUGUGCACUCAGAUCUUCAGAGAGGAGUUGGGCUUGUAUCAGGGGAAAGUCUUCUGCUUUGUUCAUCUGAGCAUUCAGGAACAUCUAGCAGCUCUAUAUGUGCAUCUCUCCUUCAUAAACAAUAACAUCAAUGUGUUUGACCAAAUCUUCAAACAGAGUUUGCUAUUUAAAGUUAAGGACUGGUUUAAACAUGUUUCAUUAUCUGAGCUGCAUCAGAGAGCUGUGAAUGAGGCUCUACAGAGUAAAAAUGGACAUCUGGAUCUUUUCCUGCGGUUUCUUCUGGGUCUGUCAGUGGAGUCUCAUCAGAUUCUCCUACAAGGACUAAUGAAACAGACAAGAAGCAGAUCUGACACCAGUGAGGAAACCAUUGAGUUCAUCAAGAUGAAGAUCAGGACCAUUGACUCUCCUGAGAAAUCCAUCAAUCUGUUCCUCUGUCUGAAUGAACUGGGUGAUCAUUCACUAGUGGAGGAAAUACAACAGUAUCUGAAAUCUGGAAGAAUAAAGGAAGCCAAUCUCUCUUCAUCUCAGUGGUCAGCUGUAGUUUUUGUAUUGUUGACAUCAGAGAAGAUGCUGGAUGUGUUUGAUAUUAAUAAUUUUGUUGAAACAAACAAUAAAGCUGAAAAGCUAAAGGUUCUUCAGAAGCUGCUGCCCGUGAUGAAAGAAUCCAGAUCAGUUCAGUUGAGGGAUUGUGAAAUCACAGAUGAAGGUUGUGCUGCUCUGACUUCAGCUCUGAGAUCAAACCCCUCACACCUGAGAGAACUGGAUCUGUCUAAGAAUAAAAUAGGGAAAUCAGUGAAUCUGCUGUCUGAUGUACUACAGGAUCCUCACUGUAAACUGGAUAUACUGUGGUUGAGGGAUUGUGAUAUCACAGAUGAAGGUUGUGCUGCUCUGACUUCAGCUCUGAGAUCAAACCCCUCACACCUGAGAUUACUGGAUCUGUCUAAGAAUAAAAUAGGAAAAUCAGUGAAUCUGCUGUCUGAUGUACUACAGGAUCCUCACUGUAAACUGGAGAAACUGUGGUUGAGUGAUUGUGAUGUUACAGAUGAAGGUUGUGCUGCUCUGACUUCAGCUCUGAGAUCAAACCCCUCACACCUGAGAGAUCUGGAUCUGUCUGGGAAUGAAAUAGGAAAAUCAGUGACUCUGCUCUCUGAUGUACUACAGGAUCCUCACUGUAAACUGGAGACACUGUGGUUGAGUGACUGUGAUGUUACAGAUGAAGGUUGUGCUGCUCUGGCUUCAGCUCUGAGAUCAAAACCCUCUCAACUGAGAAUACUGGAUCUGUCUGAGAAUAAACUAGGACAAUCAGGAGUGAAGUUGCUCUCUGAUCUGAAGGAUGAUCCACAUUAUAAACUGAAGACAUUAUACUUUUGACUCUCAGUAUUUAGACGUCAGUUCAGUUUCCUCAGGAUCAGCUGAUGGUGAAUAAGGAGCCGCUACAGAGAUGAAGACACAGAGACACACAGCGAUCACACUGACAUGUGUGCUUGAAUUUUAUAGUAAAGCUCAUGAAAAUGAGUGCUGAAAACAGCAACUUUUUUAUUGUUUCAAAUUUGUUAGAUAUUGAUUAUAAUGUGGAUGGUGUAACACUCAAAAUACACUGCAAACGAUUAAAGCAAAGUGAAAAAACAAGCCAUAGACAGAUUUAUUGUUAUAGUAGUGUUGGGAAAAGUUUUUACAAGAUUUAUUAAAGAGUCUGACUACAGAAGAGACAGAUGUUGUAAAUUUGUCUACCAGCAGAGGGCGACAAAGAUUACGCAAACAAUUUCACUGAACAUUUACUUCUGUAAUAUAUUUGUAUUAUUUAUAUACAGUAGUCAACAUUUGAAGUGGAUCAAAAAAGUUCAGCAAAGUUGUCCUAAGAACUAAGUUGUCUUAAGAAGAAGGUUUUAGGACAACUUUGAUGAAAGAUUUUGGUUCACUUCAAUUGUUGACUACUAUAUUUUUUAUGUGAUGAGCUAUUAAAUGUUUCUAUCUAAAUCUUCACAUUCUUUUACUGGUUCUUGUUUUUUCCUCCUGCCUCUGAACACUUAAUUAUUUACUGAUAUAUGCUGACACUUAUUCCUCUUGAUGGUGUUUUGUGGUGUGCACUUAUUGUUCUUCUUAAACUUUGCCACGUCUGACCAGCUAUUGCUGUAGUGUUUACUUUCUCUUUCCCUUUUCCCAAAUUAUUCCAGCUCUAACCAAAUAUAUGUACUUUUCUAUUUUCCUUUAGGAUUCUAAAGUCCCUUACACUUUACAGUGUAUAAUAAGUACUGCCUUCUUCUACUUAUAUAUUUCUAUCUGGCAAUUCUCUCUAAAGCAUCUAUCAUUGAGGGUUUUCAUUUACUUCACCUAUCUUCUAGUGCUCUAUACCUAGUGGAUUCUUCAUGCAAUUUUAUGCAGAUAGGAAAAUCCCAUAAUUUUCAGUAGGGAUGCACUGAUACCGAUACCAGCUUGUGUACUUGUACUCGUAAAAAUACCCCCGAUACCAAAGACCGAUACCUCACAUGACGUAACUGACAGAAUUUUCCGUGCACAGAGACACCGACGGCAGCAGCAGAAACAAUGUCAGCCUCAGGGGUGUGGAAAUACUUCAAAAUUAAUGAUGAUAACACACACAUUGCGAACUGCAUGCUUUCAAUCACAAUUCGUAUUUCAAAUCCAAGAAUGAUCAUUUUAUUUUUUAGAUGAUGCUAUAUAAUUUUUUAGAUGAGACAAACCAAAGAAAACGUCAGGUAUGAACCGAAACAUCUAGUUUGUUUCUGCUAAUUGGCUGUAAGGGCAGAAUUUUCAAACCCAACUUUUGCCUACAGCUCAGAUGUAACCAUAAGAAAUUUGCA